AUGCCGACCCGGUUCUCUAGAGUCUGUAGGCACUGCGGACAUGUUUCCGCUGGUUAUAGACAUGUGGGGAAGCACUGUAAGCACCCGGGUGGCUGUGAUUUGGCAAAUGAAAAAUCCCAUUCCUCAUUCCACAAUCUUAGCACUAUCCAGGUUAGUGGUGUGCACUCUUUCCACUUGAAGCGCAACCCAUAUUGGUCCCCAAUUAUCAAUGUCGACAAGCUAUGGUCUCUCGUCCCCGAAGAGGAGAAGGCAGGGCUCACCUCCGAAAGCGAGGUUGUACCUGUCAUCGAUAUUCUCGCCCACGGGUGUGGUAAAGUCUUGGGUAAAAAAUUGUGCGUAUAUUUAUCCAUAGAUGUAUUGAUAUUCUUUACUCAUGUCAUCAUUCUUCCAGUCUGCCAGUGA